GGCACUUGUCAAGGGAUGCGGAGGAACCAGUGGGGAGAACGCGAAAGACACUCAACAGUCGUAACUAUUCUAUGGGGCGUAUCGUUUACAUCGCAUUCCUUUACAUCAUUUCAAAGCUGAAGAAGGCACCGAAUGCAUGCUACAUGAGUGGAUACACCAUAACACUUUACCCGGAACGGAUUUUGUAUUUCUGAAAGGUAAAACGACGAAAACGUCUCUUCUUGCUGCUUCAUUUGUGAGUGCGGCACAAAGCAAUGGGACGCAGAAGUUGAAGAGUUCUCGUGAAGCCGCUACUGUUGUGAAGAUAAGUGGAGAGUUAAUUUGUGCCUUUUAACUUUUAGUGUGAGUGUAUCAAGUGACAAUCUAACAAAUUGCAAGCGAUGUGCGGUUUUCACACCUUGGGCGUAUCACGGCAAAUAAUUUGCUGAACCUCGUUCAUUCUCCAGUGGAGCCGCCUGAAUGCGAGGGAAUGGAUUUGCUUGACUAUUUUUUGACAUAUAUUUAAUGUAGAUACCGCCACACAAAUCCAUAUGUUGAAGUCUUAUUUGGAUCAGUCUACAUCGAAAUGGCAAGUUUUGCCGGGUUUAUAAAGUGGACUGGGAGAUCAACUUUGUAUUUAUGUUGUGCGUUUGCCCUGUUCGGCUGUCUCUGCAUCGCGUCCCCUACUCAUGGUCGUCGGCUCAUCUGUUGGCAAGCCAUCAUGAAGUGUCAUGGAGAGUCUGAGUGCCACUACGCAUAUGACCAAUACCUUUACGCCUGUGCGCCUGUUAUCAACGGGGAUAGGAAGAAGUGUCCCAGCCACUGCAUCUCGUCUCUUAUCCAGCUGAAUCUAACCGAGACCGGCCCGUCUCUGGAGGACUGUGACUGCGCCUCGGACCCCGUCUGCAGGAGCACCAAACGCGCCAUAGAGCCGUGCCUGCCUCGGACAAGCAACAUGGGCUGCACCGAAGCCCGGCGGCAAUGCGAGAGAGACUCCCAAUGCAGCUCGGCAAUGCGCGACUAUUUGUUUCACUGCCGUAAACUUUUCGGAGGGGAGCGAUGUUCGGACGACUGCAGGAGGGUGAUUGCCAACAUGCGCAAUAUACCCAAAGCACAACAACUUGAUACUUGUGUUUGUGAUGGCACAGAGAGGACCAUAUGCGAGUACGUCAAAGUUAGUAUGAAAAACUUUUGCUUUGACUCUAUGGACAGAUACGCGGGCAGCGGGUUUUCUGAUUCAGAGGACGACUCUGAAGAUGAUUAUGACGAGAUGGAGGAUUAUAUAUAUGUGGAAAACAAAAGUUUUUCACCCAGAUCCGCCUGUCAGGGUGUUGUAUGGACUGCCUCUGUGGCCACCAUUUUGGUUCUAAUGAAUCUUAUCUGAUAGGGCAGCCUACCCCAGUUGAUUCAGCUGUUGGGAAAGUUGUUUGAGAAAGAGAGGCCGGUGAAAUGUUGACACGGACAUAAUAGCUCAUGAAAGUUGUAACACCAGCACACCUGCUUUAGCAUAUACGUUUUGUGUAUGAAGGAUUUGAUGGUCUUUGCUCUGCUAUCUACCUUCAUGGGGCUUCUUCUCAACAUUCCGUCUGGUCUCUGUCUCACUCUGGUCUCUGUCUCACUCUGGUCUCUGUGCUGAUAUGCUAUGGGUCAGUCAUUUAGGUAAAUACUUUUAUAUUUCAAAUGUAUCAUUUUUUGGGGUGUGAAUCUAAAAGGUUUAUAGAUGAAUUUCCAGACAGCUGUGCACCUCUAGGCUAUGUCAUAUUUGAACCAACCCUUGAAGAAUGUUAAACACCUAUUUCGUCAGCUAUUGCCUAUCAUCACAAAAUAGUCAAAAAAAAAUGUAUAGAAGUUUGACACGACAUUUAUUUUUUAAAUGUGGAGAGACAAGUGACUUGGAGUACGCUGCUAUACCGCUGUUUCGAGACAAUAAUGAAAAACGGCAGGAUUUAAAGCGUUCUCUUCGUAGUCACUUCGUCGUAAUGUGGAGAGACUAAUCAAGUGUUCUCCUUUUCUUAUGAGCUAGACAACAGACAUGGGCAUACGUGUAAAUUAAGAUGUCAUUUCAAUUCUAGUCAGUGGAUAAUGCAUUUGAUGCAAGCACCUGACAAUAGUUUGAUUGGUUGGUUAGCCUACAUUACUAGCCUUAAUCACGUCACACACAUUUUCUUAAACUCAGUAUCAAUGUCAAGUUUUCAAAAAGUUUUAAGGGAGAUUAUUUUUAUAUGUCAAAAUCUGUAAAGUUAAAUUGUACAGUUUAUUGUAUGAUAUUGAUUUUGUUUCCAGAGAUAUUUGUUUAUUACUGCUAAGAAGAGAUUUGCACUGUAUAGAAAUGACGUGAAAUGCUUCACGGUGACUGAUGUAUAUUCUGUUGUGUCCACAGAGGUGAAAAUAUAAGUCUUCUUGCUUAAA